AUGAAUUGAAAACUGAAUUUAAUAAUUGGAUUAAUGGACUAAAAGUAUUUCCGCAAAGAGACCAUUAUGUUUAUAUUGAUAUAAGAAAUAAUGAAGUCUUUCGGGGUCCACCUAACAAAACAACAAAUGCCAUGCAUCCUGGUCCGAAAGAUUUAGGUGGUCCUGUAUUUCUUUAUACUCCAGAGAAUUUGGGUCUUGUAGAUCUAUUUGGCAUACAAGUUACUUCAAGUUCCCAACUUACUGCUGCUCUACCAUAUGAAAUUAUUCAGGAUAUAACUGGAUAUACUCUUUAUGAUGGAAAUAACAAUUAA